UCUCAAUGGUGUCGCAUUUAGGGCGCGCUUAUCCAACUUAUCUCAUAUUUGUUUGAGAUAAAAAUAUGAGCUGUGUUCCAGGUAGACUCAUACGGCAGGUACAACCUGUCUCCGCUGAAGCUAUUGUCUACGGAAAUUAUAUUUUUUCAUUGAACAGUGCAUGCGAUUUUUUCGGGAUUUGAGAUUGUCGAAGAGUGAUCGAUCGAUUGGGGAAUGGCGAUCAAGGGGUCUGAAGCUGCGAGGCUCGAGAGGGCAAUUGGAUGUGUCAAGUACACGGUGUUCUCUUUCAGCGCCAUUUUAUGGAUUUUUGGCGCUGGAAUGUUUGGUGUUUCGGUCUGGAUGAGGGCAGAUCCAGGCUUUCAAGAGUGGGUGCAAUUUCUGGAGAUGGAGAAGUUCUACAUCGGACUUUACAUUUUAAUAAUUGCCUCGAUUGUCGUAAUGGUGGUGGCGUUCUUCGGCUGUGCUGUUGCUCUCAUGGAACAUAUUCUUGGUCUUUACAUUCACAUUGGGCUUCAGGUGCUUGGUUUUUGCCUCGGGCUCGCAGGUACUGCGGUUCUCUUGGAUUACUCCACUUAUGACAGCCACAUUCAACCGAUCAUUCGGAAAUCCAUGAGUGCGUUGAUCGUUAAUUCACAGUAUGAGAAACCGGGAAUGAUUCUCAGGAUGAUUCAGGAGAGCGUUGGAUGUUGCGGCUGUGACGGCCCCAUGGAUUACCUCAGCCUCUACAAACCACUGCCCACCGAGUGCAGGGACACGGUGACCGGAAAUGCGUUUUUCCACGGAUGCGUCGAGGAACUCACGUGGUUCCUCGAGGCACGAUCCGGCUGGUUAGCCGGACUUGCGCUAUCUCUGUGUCUACUCCACGUGAUCCAAGCUGUUCUCUCGUUAGUUCUCAUACAAGCCAGACAGAAGGAAGAUGAGGCAGCUAUUUUUAAGCGUUAGAAAUAUUGUAAUGCAUUUGAUAUCAACAUCUAAUCGUUAUUUAAGCCUGAAAUUAUUCUGAAUACAUCAUUUUUUUCUAUGAA